AUGGCUCAAAAUAUUUUUAUUGUAGCAGCAAAACGCACUGCCUUUGGCACAUUUGGAGGUUCUCUUAGAGAUUUGACAGCUACCGAACUUGGUAGUGUUGCUGCAAAAGGAGCACUAUCUACUUUACCACCAAAUUUACCAAUUGAUUCAAUAAUUUUUGGUAAUGUAAGUCAAACUGAUAGCACUGCUCCAUAUCUAGCAAGGCAUGUAGGACAUCGUACAGGUCUGCCAAUUCAUGUACCAGCUUUAACUCUUAAUAGAUUAUGUGGAUCGGGUUUUCAAACAGUUAUCAGUGCUAUACAAGAAAUUCGUUCCGGUGACUCAAACAUUGUUCUAACAGGUGGCACUGAAAAUAUGAGUAAAUCACCAUAUAAACUUAAUAAUAUUAGGUGGGGUACUACUUUUGGUUUAGAUUUGACAUUGGAGGAUUCCUUAGCAAUUACUUUAGUUGAUCACUAUCCAACAAAGACUCCCAUGGGAGUUACUGCCGAGAAUUUAGCCAAAAUAUAUAAGAUCACUCGUGAACAAGCUGAUGAAUAUGCUUUAAGUAGUCAAAAACCAAAUGAGGCAGGAUAUUUUGAAAAUGAAAUUGUACCAAUUGAACUUAAAUUACGUAAAGGCCAAAUAAAAGUAUUCAAGACUGAUGAACAUCCACGUCCACAGACUGAAAUUCAAUCUUUACAAAAACUUUCUCCUGUGUUUAUCAAAGAUACUGGCACUGUGACAGCUGGUAAUGCAUCAGGUAUUAGUGAUGGAGCUGGUGCAGUGGUUGUAGCAUCAGAAUCAGCUGUUGAAGAACAUAAAUUAACACCUUUAGCAAGAAUUGUUAGCUACCAUGUUUCUGGAGUUGAACCCACAAUUAUGGGAAUCGGUCCUGUGCCUGCUAUCAAAAAUGCAUUAGAUAAAUCUGGCUUGAAAUUGAGUGACAUGGAUUUGAUUGAAGUUAAUGAGGCUUUUGCUGCUCAAUAUUUAGCUGUUGAAAAGGAAUUAGGAUUGGACAGAACUAUUUCACUUGGACAUCCACUUGCUGCGUCAGGAUCAAGAAUAUUGGCACAUUUAAUAAAUGAACUCCACAGAACCAAUAAAAAGUAUGGACUAGGAUCUGCUUGUAUUGGUGGUGGCAUUGCAAUGAUAAUUGAACGUGUUUAA